AUGUCCGGCUCCGAAUCGCCCGGCCAGUCCGGCCAGGGCCGCAAAAAGAAUCUUUAUAUCGCCCACCGCCGUUCGCCGUCCGAGUUGACCACCUUGAUGGUGGAGCAGUACAACUUACAGCGUCAGUUGGAAGCUGUCCAGUCGCAGCAGAAACAGCUCCUUGAAGGUCACCAAAGACUGCCAUCCCAGGGUGGCGGCCACCGGCGUACCGGUUCUGCUUCUUCCCAGGGCCAUUCCCGUCGUCACUCAUUGGGUUUGAACGAGGCUAUCAAGGCCGCCGCAAACCAAAGACAAACUCAGGCUCCUCAAGACAGCCAGGGUUUCCUCCAGCCACUGAGCCAGCCGCUCCAGCCACAGGGCCUGCCUUUGGGUCAGAGUGCCUCUGGCCAGCUCCAGCUGGACUUCCGUUUCCCCAGCCCCAAUUACGCCGCUGCUGCCUCCGAAGGCUCUCCCAGAGGCCAUUCUCGUUCUCGCCUGUACCAGCAGUUUAAAUUUCCUCCCGACAACAACCCGUUGCAUCCCCCUGCACCCACAUUUCUGCUUUCGCCAGAACGGGGCAGUCAGGGCCACCUGAGACGGGGCUCUCAUGCUCGUCUGAAUUCCAAGACAGAUGGCAUUAAUUCCAAUUGGCGCCUUCAACAGCAGCCCGCUCACCAAAGAACCCUGCUGGCGUUGGAGCCUCCUCAAUUCGUACCUGGUCACAAGGGUAGGGGCUCCUCCUUUGGCGGCCUGGUGCUGUCGUUGCUGCAGUUCAUGCCCAACCAGGGUGGCGGCGGCCAAGGCAGCGGCAGAAAGUCUCUUUUCGCUCCUUACUUGCCACAGCUGUCUUUGCCUGAAUUGAUCAACGAUGGCCGUCUUGUCACCGGUAUCUUGCGUGUGAACAAGAAAAACAGAUCUGACGCCUAUGUCUCCACCGACGGUCUUUUGGAUGCGGACAUUUUCAUUUGUGGUUCCAAGGACCGUAACCGUGCGCUUGAGGGCGACCUUGUGGCUGUUGAAUUGUUGGUCGUCGACGAAGUCUGGGAGUCUAAGAAGGAGAAGGAGGAGAAGAAGCGUCGUAAGGACAACACCUUGCUGAAAAACACCUCCGUCUUGAGCGACGACAUCCACAAUGACGCCACCUCCACACUGAAUGAAGACUCCAAGGACGAUGAGGGUCUUGGACGUAGGGGUUCUCUCAAGCAGCGUCCAACCAUGAAGAAGAACGACGAUGUCGAAGUCGAGGGUCAGUCGUUGCUCUUGGUUGAAGAGGAAGAGAUCAACGACGAUGUGAAGCCCUUGUAUGCUGGACACGUUGUUGCUGUGGUUGACAGAAUUCCUGGUCAAAUUUUUACAGGUACUCUUGGCCUCUUGAGACCUGCUCAGGCCGCGCAGGCUGCCAUUGACAAGAAGUCUGGCAAGGAGCCUUCUGUCCAGACUCCCAAAGCUCCUAAGAUUGUUUGGUUCAAGCCUACCGACAAGAGGGUUCCUUUGAUUGCCAUUCCAACCGAGCAAGCACCCAAAGAUUUUGUUGACAACCACGAAGCAUAUGCCGAUCAAUUGUUCAUUGCAUCCAUCAAGAGAUGGCCAAUUACUUCCUUGCAUCCAUUCGGUACCUUAGGCGACAAGCUCGGCUGCAUUGAUGACCCUCAAGUUGGUAUUGAUGCCAUCUUUUCUGACAACAAUUUCCUGUGCUCCGAAUACCCCACCGGCGAUGAGGGAUACAUCAAGUCCUUGUUGUCCUCGGUACCUAGUGUCGAGAUUGAGUUGGCGAACCCCAACAGAGCCGAAUUCUUCAACGACUACGUCGUUGCAUUCACGGAAAACAAUGAAUUUGUCGACCAUGCCAUGCACGUCAAGCGUCUUAGCAACACUAUCAUUGAAUUAGGUUUCCAUGCUGUUGACAUCUCUCAUUACGUCCAGCCAGGCUCCGUUUUGGAAAGAAAAGCGAAGAAGAUUUCCUCAUCGGUAUUCUUGCCUCAAAAGGCUGCUCACUUGUUCCCUUCAGAGGUGAACGAUUUGAUCUCGUUUAAGGACAAUGAAAAGAGCUUGGCUGUGUCUGUCACCUUCGAGAUUGACACUACUUCCUUCGAAGUCGAAAAUGUGCAUAUCCGGGAAUCUGUCGUCGUACCUAAGCUGACAGUGUCUUUCGAUGAUGUCGAUGCCAUCCUUGGUAACGGUAAAAUCAACGGCGAAAUCACUCAAGCCACAUGUGACUACAUCAAGACAUUCGCUCUUAUUGCCAAAGAAUUCCGUCGUCAGCGUUUGAAUGACAAGACCCUCGGAAUCAGUCCUAGCUUGACCCUCUUGGAUCAGAUUGAUGACGAGAAGGUCAGGUUGCAUAUGAACAUUUUUGAAAGCAGCUCAGCUCUUAGCAUCGUAUCAGAAAUUGGCUACAAGGUUAACUCUACCAUUGCUGUCAAAGUGCAUGCCGCCUUGGGUGACGAGGCAUUCUUGCGUCGCCAGGCAUUGCCCACAUUGCAAAAGAUUGAAAACUUUUCACGUAAAGCAUUUAACUUGGGCUUCAAAAUCGAUACCUCCACACCAAGCACUUUGCAGCAGUCAAUCUUGAAAAUUGACGAUCCACUCAAGAGACAAUGUAUCGAGACGUUGUUGUACAAGUGCAUGCCCAGAGCCAAGUACUACAUUGCAGGUAAGCAAGACCCUGAGAAUUACUCGCAUUACUACUUGAACUUACCACUUUACACUCAUUUCACAUCGCCAUUGCGCCGUUUUGCCGAUCUCAUUGUGCACCGGCAGGUGAAGCAAGUGAUCCAAGCUGCUGAGAGAGAGAAAUCUCCAGACUUGGACGCUUUGAAUGCCAUCUCUGUCUACUGUAACUUCAAGAAGGAUUGCGCUGCUAAUGCUCAAGAGCAAGGUAUCCACUUGUUGUUAUCACAAACAAUCAACGAGAUGAGCGAGCAUGCGGGCCAGUUAUUAGUGAUGGGCACCGUGCUUCAGGUUUAUGAGUCUUCGUUCGAUGUAUUCAUACCUGAGUUUGGCAUUGAGAAGAGAGUACACGGUGACCAAUUACCUUUGGUGAAGGCUGAGUUCGACAAGGCAAACCGUGUGCUUGAGUUGUUUUGGGAGAAGGGUGUAGACUCCGCAACUUACGUUCCACCCGACGAGAAGUCAUCAUUGAGUUACCGUCUGUCGAUCAAGAACAAGUACCGCACAUCAGCGCUGGAGGCUGCCAAGAUCCAGCGCAAGAACGCUACCGAGAGAAACAACAACAUUGUUCCUGACAGCGUGAUUGAGAAGUUGUCGGCGUUGCAGCUCAGCGUUCCUAAGGUGGCUCCACCACAAAUCAAGCCCUGGAAAUCAAUCCCUUCGUCACCAUCCAUCAGCCAGUUUGGCAGCCGGCCUGGCUCUGGGGCUUUCCAUGAAACCACUUCCGACGACGGUGGCUUGAGUCCCUACUUGCAAGACGUCGUCACCCGUGUGGAAAACAAGUCUUACAUCCAAGAGAUUCGUGAAAUGCAGCCGGUGCCCGUUUUGUUGCGGGCCGAGAUCGGUAAGGGCAUGGCGUUGCCAUGUUUGACGGUGCGGGUCUUGAAUCCAUUCGCCGAGGCAUAA